AACUUUGCUCAUACUCAAAUCUUUUGCAGUUCAAUGAUCUGGGUUUUGUUGCAUCCUAAAAAUGAUACCCAUGUUUCCCUCCUUUCUCUGUUCCACCUUAAUUCUCCCAUUCCUUUUCUAACAAACAAAUGCCAUCACAAUUACCUCCAUCACUCUUCCUCUCUCAACCAUGUCUUCUAAGCUCAAAGGAAUCUACAAAAGUUUCAAAUACGUCACGCAAAUUUUCGCAAUGAAAGAUCGCGAGAUGGAAAUUGGUUAUCCGACCGAUGUGAAACAUGUAUCUCACAUCGGGUUGGAUAAUUCAUCGCCGUCCGGUCCCGCCCCUAGCUGGAUCAAGGAAUUCAAAGGCGGCGAGGUUAGUGAAGGGAGAGAUUCGAGUGCAACCGCUGUAACUGCCGUGUCUCAUUGGUCCACUCCUUCACAAGAUUUUGAUGUUUCAAUAGGCUACCAAUCGGCGUCGGACAUAUCGUUGGAGCUUCGGCAGCCACAACUUCCAAAGAAACCAAAGAAAAAAAAGAGCUGCAAGCAUACCUCCUCCUCAACAACAACAAAC